CCUAGCCGAGAGCUGCAAGGUUCGGAACCGAGAGGCAGCGGCGGCGGCGGCGCUGAGAGGAGGGGAGGAGGCAGGCGGGCGCAUGGGGCGCCCCGGCUCCGCCGGCAGCGCGCCCCCUCCGGCCCCGCCGCGCUGAACGCCCCCCAGCGCCGCGCCUCGAACCCCCGCCCCGAGGCCAUGCCGGUCAUGAAGGGGUUGCUGGCCCCGCAAAACACCUUUCUGGACACCAUCGCCACCCGCUUCGACGGCACUCACAGCAACUUCCUGCUGGCCAACGCACAGGGCCCACGGGGCUUUCCCAUUGUGUACUGCUCUGACGGAUUCUGUGAGCUCACAGGCUACGGCCGUACCGAGGUCAUGCAGAAAACCUGCAGCUGCCGCUUCCUCUACGGUCCGGAGACCAGCGAGCCAGCACUGCAGAGGCUGCACAAGGCCCUGGAGGGCCAUCAGGAGCACCGGGCUGAAAUCUGCUUCUAUCGAAAGGAUGGCUCAGCCUUUUGGUGCCUCUUGGACAUGAUGCCCAUCAAGAAUGAGAUGGGAGAGGUCGUGCUUUUCCUCUUUUCCUUCAAGGACAUCACUCAGAGUGGAGGCCCAGGACUUGGCCCCUCAGGAGGCCAUGGUGACAGUAAUCAUGAAAACUCGGGCGGUUUUGGUAGGAGGGGAGCCGGCUCAAGACUUCGAUCUGCCAGGAGGCAGAGCCGUACUGUCCUACACCGGCUGACUGGCCAUUUUGGCCGCCGGGGCCAGGGAGGCAUGAAAACCAAUAAUAACGUGUUUGAGCCAAAGCCAUCAGUGCCCGAGUACAAGGUGGCCUCCGUGGGGGGGUCCCGCUGCCUCCUCCUCCACUACAGCGUCCCCAAGGCCGUGUGGGACGGCCUCAUCCUCCUCGCCACCUUCUACGUUGCGGUCACCGUUCCCUACAAUGUCUGCUUCUUGGGCGAUGAUGACACCCCCAUCACUUCCCGACACACCCUUGUCAGCGACAUCGCCGUGGAGAUGCUCUUCAUCCUGGAUAUCAUCCUGAACUUCCGCACCACCUAUGUGUCCCAGUCCGGCCAGGUGGUCUCUGCUCCUCGUUCCAUCGGUCUUCACUACCUGGCCACCUGGUUCUUCGUUGACCUUAUUGCUGCUCUGCCUUUUGACCUGCUUUAUGUCUUCAACAUCACCGUGACAUCGCUGGUGCACCUUCUGAAGACGGUGCGGCUGCUGCGGCUGCUGCGGCUGCUGCAGAAGCUGGAGCGAUACUCACAGUGCAGCGCCGUGGUCCUCACACUGCUCAUGUCCGUCUUCGCGCUCCUCGCCCACUGGAUGGCCUGCAUCUGGUACGUCAUCGGGCGCCGGGAGAUGGAGGCCAAUGACCCGCUGCUUUGGGACAUCGGCUGGUUGCACGAGCUGGGCAAGCGGCUGGAGGAGCCCUACGUCAAUGGCUCGGCGGGCGGCCCGUCACGGCGCAGUGCCUACAUCGCUGCCCUCUACUUCACGCUGAGCAGCCUUACCAGCGUGGGCUUCGGCAACGUGUGCGCCAACACCGACGCGGAGAAGAUCUUUUCCAUCUGCACCAUGCUCAUAGGCGCGCUGAUGCACGCCGUGGUGUUCGGGAACGUGACGGCCAUCAUCCAGCGCAUGUACUCGCGCCGUUCACUCUACCACCGCCGCAUGAAGGACCUCAAGGACUUCAUCCGUGUGCACCGCCUGCCGCGGCCGCUCAAGCAGCGCAUGCUCGAGUCCUUCCAGACCACGUGGGCUGUCAACAGCGGCAUCGACGCCAACGAGUUACUGCGUGACUUCCCAGACGAGCUGAGAGCUGACAUCGCUAUGCACCUGAAUCGGGAGAUCCUGCAGCUGCCGCUGUUUGCAGCAGCGAGCAGAGGCUGCCUGCGGGCCCUCUCCCUGCACAUCAAGACCUCGUUCUGCGCUCCAGGCGAGUACCUGUUGCGCCGUGGGGACGCCCUGCAGGCACACUACUACGUCUGCUCCGGCUCGCUUGAGGUGCUUCGAGACAACAUGGUGCUGGCCAUCCUGGGGAAGGGGGACCUGAUUGGGGCAGAUAUCCCUGAGCCGGGGCAGGAGCCUGGGUCAGGGGCAGUCCCAAGCUGCGUGCUGAAGACCAGCGCUGACGUGAAGGCACUGACCUACUGUGGCCUGCAGCAGCUGAGCAGCAGAGGGCUGGCUGAGGUCCUGAGACUCUAUCCUGAGUACGGGGCUGCCUUCCGGGCUGGCCUGCCCCGGGACCUCACCUUCAACCUGCGCCAGGGCUCUGACACCAAUGGCCUCAGCCGCUUUUCCAGAUCUCCUCGCCUCUCCCAGCCCCACUCUGAAAGCCUUGGCUCCUCCUCAGACAAGACCCUACCAUCCAUCACAGAGGCCGAGACUGGGGUGGAGUCUGGGGGUGGUUCCAGGCCCCGCCGGCCCCUCCUGCUGCCCAACCUCAGCCCAGCGCGGCCCCGGGGCUCCCUGGUCAGCCUCUUGGGCGAGGAGAUGCCCCCAUUCUCAGCCCUUGUCUCCUCCCCUUCCCUGUCCCCAUUCCCUUCCCCUGCCCUGGCUGGCCGGGGCCACAGCCCCUCCCCUCAUGGCCCCCCCAGGGGUUCUGCUGCCUGGAAGCCCCCCCAGCUUCUCAUUCCCCCACUGGGAACCUUUGGACCUCCGGACCUCAGUCCCCGGAUAGUGGAUGGCAUUGAGGACUCUGGCAGCACAGCGGAGGCCCCUACCUUUCGGUUCAGCAGGAGGCAUGAGCACGCUAGGCCCUGCUCACAGGCCCCUCCUUCAGGGACCAGGCCCAGCCAGGAACUGGCCACUGAGGCUGAGGAGAUGAAGGAAAAGGUCUGCAGGCUAAACCAGGAGAUCUCCCGCCUCAACCAGGAAGUAUCUCAGCUGAGCCGGGAGCUUCGACACAUCAUGGGCCUGCUACAGGCUAGGCUGGGUCCCCCAGUCCACCCAGUAGUCUCGGCUCGGCUCCCAGACCCUCCUGGUCCCCAGCUGAGGCCUCCACGCAUCUCACCCUGUCUAUCUGGACCACCGCCCAGCCUCCAGGAUACUACUUUUGCUGAGGUCCACUGCCCAGCCAGUGUGGGGACAGCAGAGAUGGGGGCCGCCCCCUCCAACCUGAGGCUCUCCGUGCUGUCCCCCUUCCCCUCAGAGCCUGAGCCUCUGGGACCUUCCCCAGUGCCAGAGGCCCCAUCCCCGACCCCAAGCCUCAUGCAGCACAGCUUUCGGUCCAGGUCAGACACGUUCCACUGACCCUGGCCCUGGGCCCAGGCCCGUCUGGGGUGGGCACUGCUGCUUGCCAUCCAGGGAGGGACUGGGCCCCUUGGCCUCCUGCCUCCGGUCAACAGCCACCGGCUGGUCUGGUUGGCUCUGCAUUCUCUGGACUUUUUAACAAAGCCUGGUUACUUCGGACCCUCUUCCCUUUUCUAAACCUUCCUGUAUCCUUCCCCUCUGUGAGGGGGAGCCACCUGAGGCUGUGGAACCCAACAGGCAUGAGACAGAAUGCAGUGCCGAUCCGGCUGGGCAGAUGACAUGUCCUGCUUUCUCCCCAGGAUCUGGAGGCAGGUAGAUACCAGGGAGCACCGGGGGUUGGGGAAGGGUCCCAGAUCAAGCCCACGAAGACUGAGGCAAGAGCAGGCAGGAUCUUGGUGUCUAAGGCAAGAGGGACAGAUUGCAGAUUCUGCAGCAGAGAUAGCUUAGUGAUAUUGUGAGGCCUUCUAUCCCAGCCCCUGGAUUCUGCUGGACACCUUGGAAGCGAUGUCACCUUGAGACAGGUAGGUUUGAGAUCGCAGCUGGCAUCUGAGGAACCCAAGACUCCUUAGACCUCCCCCUACCAGCCCAGGCUGGAGAAGCUUACCCCAUCCCUCAACCCACACAAGAAACAAACGGGUGGCCCGCAGAUAUGUAUUCUUCGGUUCUCGCAGAUUUGUGUGUGUGUGUGUGUGUGUGUGUGUGGUAAAAUACGAAUGAGUUGCUGACACUAAAAAUCAGAGUUCACACAAAUAUCCAGAUAUUCCAGUUUCUCUAAAAAACUUGGGGCAUUCUGGCAACCCUGGGCCAACAUUCCACUGGCAAUAAUCCACUGGUGUUGAGUGGCCACAGUCCCCUUGAGAUGGGGCCUGUGCUCGCCACUUUUUCACAGUCGCCACAUUUCUGGAUCAUCUCCUGACACUUAGCUGGCUUCCCUCCUUUGACUUCUUUGUCUGGUCUCUGUAGGUAUUUGGAUUUGCAGUUCCUGCCUUAGAGUGUCCUCUCCGGGUUCCUGUGCUCCAGAGAGUGCUUUCUGGGCCCAGAAAUGUCAGCUUCUACCCCUGGGCCUGGGCCUGUCAACAUCUCUGUUUCUGUGUUUCUGCAGGCUGUCCCUGAAGGUGGUCUUUUCUGCUGCCAGCAACUUGAAACAGUCCCCACGGCACUCCCUACCCCUCCCCUCACCAGACCUCUUCCGAGCCUGUUCUCCCCACACCCAACACGGUCUCACUCAGGGCCCUGACUUCUCACAAAUCCACCCUGUUCUCCAGUUCUCCUUUGCCACCCAACACCCAAGGCUCACUUUUGG